CGCGGAGGGUGCGGGCGGGGAGCGGGAUUGAGGUGCGUCCCCCGCCCCCGCGUUCUCCGGGGGAGGGGAGGAGAAAAGAGGAGGAGGAGGAGGAAAGCAGAGGAAGGCUCACAGCCCCGGGGAGGUGGGGCUGGGGCAGGUGCCAAGGGGAAGGCAGGAAGGGGCGGGCGGGGCGCUGCCCCAUUGCUCGCCAUUGGGAGGCAGCGGAGGAACCGCAGAGAGCUCCGGGCAUCCCGCACUGAGCGCCCCGUGGUGCGCUCCGCUCCCGGGUGGAACCUGGGGUUGAGCUCCGGUGCGCAGCUGUGGGAGCCGGAAAACUCUGUCGGGAGUGGGCAGCCGCGGAGCGGGACCCCAGCGGAGGUUCGGCGGAGUUGGGCUGAAGUCCGUGACAAAGCACCCUCGGAGGUUCUCCAGAGUUGGGCUGCGUCUUGGAGCAGUGUCUCCAAGAACCGUUUCGUCGGAGUCGGGGCUGAAGUCGGCAGCAAAACCCCACCAGAGAUUUCCUGGAGCUGAGCAGAAGCAAAACACCACCGGAGUUCUGCUGGAAUUUGGCUGAAGUCGACGACAAAGCCCCAUCGGAGGUGCCUGGAGUUGAACUGAAGUAAAACCCCAUCGGAGUUUCCCUGGAAUUGGGCUGAAUCCUGGAGUGGAGUCCCCAGGAACGGUUCCAUCGGAGGUUUCCCCUGGAGUUGGGUUGAAGCGAAACCCGUUGGAGGCUUCCCAGAGUUGAGCUGAAGUCAGCCACAAAACUCCGUCAGAGGAUCACCGGAGCUGGAGCAGAAGUCGGUGAUAAAGACCCGCUGGAGCUACUCGGAGUUGAGUUGAAGCAAAACUCAAUCGGAGAUUCCCAGGAGCUGGAGCUGAAGCCACUGGCAAAACCCCACUGGAAGUUGUCUGGAUUUUGGCUGCAUCCCGGAGCCGAGUCCUCGAGCACCGUCCUGUCAGAAGAGCAGUGAAGCCCCUUCGGAGCCCAAAAAAGGCAGGAAAAAAAAAAAAAAGAUUUCCAUCUCGGACAGCCUGACCUCACCCCAUUGCGGAGCCUCAGCAGAGGUUCCCUGCUCCCAGCCCCGCUCCAAGCAGCGGGGGACCUUUUCCCCUCCAUGGACUGAGAUGGCCUCGGAGCUGGCCAUGACCGCGGAGCUGCCCACCAGCCCCCUCGCCAUUGAAUACGUCAACGAUUUUGACCUGAUGAAGUUUGAGGUGAAGAAAGAACCGGCGGAGGCCGAGAGGCUGUGCCACCGCCUGCCUGCUGGUUCGCUUUCUUCCACCCCGCUCAGCACCCCGUGUUCCUCCGUGCCUUCCUCGCCCAGUUUCUGUGCUCCCAGCCCUGGUGGACAGCCGAGUGCUGGUCCCACCGCCGCUCCCCUGGGCUCCAAACCGCAGCUGGAGGAGCUGUAUUGGAUGUCGGGCUACCAGCACCACCUCAACCCCGAAGCGCUCAACUUGACCCCGGAGGAUGCUGUGGAAGCAUUGAUCGGCGCUCCGCACCACCACCAUCACCAUCAUCAGAGCUAUGAGUCGUUCCGGCCUCAGCCCUUCGGGGGCGAGGAGCUGCCCCCGGCCGCCCACCACCACAACGCCCACCACCACCAUCACCACCACCACCUGCGCUUGGAGGAGCGGUUUUCCGACGACCAAUUGGUGAGUAUGUCGGUGCGGGAGCUCAACCGGCAGCUGCGGGGAUUCAGCAAGGAGGAGGUGAUUCGCCUCAAGCAGAAGAGGAGGACCUUGAAGAACCGUGGCUACGCGCAGUCCUGUCGCUACAAGCGGGUCCAGCAGAGGCACAUCCUGGAGAACGAGAAGUGUCAGCUCCAGAGCCAAGUGGAGCAACUCAAGCAAGAAGUUUCCCGUUUGGCCAAGGAGCGGGAUCUGUACAAAGAGAAGUACGAGAAGUUGGCGGCGCGGGGCUUCCCCCGGGAGCCAUCCCCUCCUGCGGCCCCAAAAACUACCGCUGCUGACUUCUUCAUGUGAGCCCGGGGUGGGGUGAGGCGGGGGGUGACAUUGCAAUGCCCCCCUCCCCCGCGAUGUGGGGAGAGCAAACGAUCUGCUUGUAUAAAAAAAUACUAUUAUUUUCUUCUGAAAAGUUGUUCUGAAAAUAUGAGGAAAUGGGACCCCCUCCCCGACCCCAUCAGGACUUAGACUGGAAAGGGAGGGGGUCCUGGGGAGGGGGACGCAUCCCAUAGAGCCCCUGUGUGGGCAGAGGGGGACACAUCCUAUAGACCCCUUAUCCGGGGAGAGCAAACAAUCUGCUUGUAUUAAAGACAAAAAAAUAUUUUCUUCCAAAAAAAUGGGGAAAUGGGACCCCCUUCCCGAUUCCAUCAGGACUCAAACUGGGGGUCCUGGGGAGGGGGGCAUCCUAUAGACCUCUUAUAUGGGAAGAGCAAACAAUCUGCUUGUAUAAAAAAGAAAAGAAGUAUUAUUUUCUUCCGAAAAUACGGGGAAAUGGGAUCCCAACCCCCUGAGGACUCGGACUGGAUCAAAGAGGGGGGUCCUGGGAGGGGGGCGGAAAGGCAGCGGACAUGGAGCCAAGCCUGCAUGCGGGACGUGUAUGGCGUGCCGCCCCCAGCACACUAGCCCCCUCCACCCUGCGUGUUUAACCCCCUCCUUCAAUUAUCAUUUAUUAUUAUUAAUUAAUUUCGGGGUGCCCCUGUGCAUCCUCCUUGGGGGGGGGAGGGUCUGGCAGCGCUGUGCCCUGCCCGGCCCCCACCUCCUGCACCCCAACCUGAGCCACUCUUUAACUUAUUUGCCCCUUGUACAUAUGUAGAAGUUAGUUUAGUUUUUAGUUUUUUCUGCUUUUUUUUUUUGUUUGUUUUUGUUUUCUUCCUGAGCCUAUAUUUUGCUUGGUGAUUUAUG